AUGGCUGCGGGAGUGCAGUCGAUGUGUCAGUAUUGGAAAGACUUCGAUUUACAGGAACUGCAGAAACAACUAGACACUACAGCCACUGAAUUGGCCAAUCGACAAGAUGAAAGUGACGCUUCACGGAAAAGAUUGGUAGAACAGAGCAGAGAUUUCAAGAAAAACACACCAGAAGAGUUACGCAAACUUGUCGCACCACUAUUAAAAAGUUUUCAAGCAGAAGUUGAUUCAUUAUCCAAACGAAGCAAGGCGGCAGAAGGAGCAUUCUUGUCUGUGUAUAAAAAGAUUAUUGACCUUCCCGAUCCUGUGUCCGUACUUGAAUAUGCCUCACAACUCCAGAAGAAAGCACACAGAGUCAGUGAUUUGGAGAUUGAAAACAAGCAGCUUCGGGAGACACUUGAAGAAUACAAUCAUGAAUUUGCUGAAGUGAAAAACCAAGAAGUGACUAUUAAACAGUUGAAGGAGAGACUAAGAGAUUGUGAAGAAAAGAUAGAAGCUACAGCAGAGACAAGGACCAAGGAGAAAGAGAGAGAGCUACAAAGGAGCUUCGCAGACAAAGAGCGCCAACUUCAAGAGAGUCAGCUGUCUGUGGCACGCAAACUCGGUGAAGCAGAACAGAAAGUUUCAACACUCCAUGCAUCUUUGGAACAUGUACAACAGGAGCUGUUUGAAGUCAAGUCCAAGUACGAUGAGACAACAUCAGCAAAAUCAGAUGAAAUGGAAAUGGUGAUGGCGGACCUGGAACGUGCCAAUGAGAGAGCAGCAGCGACAGAACGACAGGUAGAGCAACUACAGCAGCAACUGACAAAAGCAGUGGCACAAGAUCAGACGGGUACAGCUGAGAGUGUGGCCUCCCCCAAUGUAGAACAGGCCAUGGAUAUCCUUCAGCGCUCAAGCCUUGAGGUGGAACUUGCCGCCAAGGAGAAGGAGAUUGCUCAGCUUGUGGAUGAUGUUCAGCGACUGCAGGCAUCACUGAACAAACUUAGGGAGUCGUCAGCCAAUCAGGUGUCUAAACUGGAGGAGGAGCUUACACUUAAGAAUGAGGCCUUUAGAGUGUUGGAGGAGAAGAUGAGGUCACAGGGUGACUAUGAAGAGGUGAAACGUGAACUAGUUGUGCUCAAAUCCAUUGAGUUUUCACAAUCUGCUGAAGAGACUGGAGACAAAUCCAAGUCUUUGGAGAUGCUGCUUUUGGAAAAAAACAAGAGCCUCCAGUCAGAAAACACUACAGUAAAAUUGGCCAAGAGUGAGAUAUCAGGAGAUUCCACCCCCGCUCUCUCCGAAAAUGCCGAAGCAUUCGCGUCAAUGUUGGGCGAAGAAAUAGCAGCAACGUACCAGCAGCAACAGCAGAGGGAACAGCAACAACGUGAACAGUCACAGCAACACCAGGAUGUGUCGCGGAUCUCUACCCCAUCCACACCUUCCAGUGGUAGUGGGGGUGGGGCUGAGUCAGAAAAAUCUUCACCAAAACGAACAUUUGAAAGAGUACCCAGCAUUCCUAGUUCCGACGUGUCACAAAUUCCUCCGCCAUCGCCACAAUUCUUCCCUUUUGGAAAUGGACCUUUAAUAUCAAACUAUGUAGGGCUGGGCGGUGUGGUGAAGUCGGAACCUAAUAAUUCUCAAGGUCUUGACACGUCACUGGUGGCAAAGACAAUCCGUGAACUAUUGAGUAUACACAAUAUCGGCCAGCGCCUCUUCGCUAAACAUGUGUUAGGGCUUUCACAGGGCACAGUCAGUGAACUGCUGUCCAAACCCAAAUCUUGGGACAAACUGACGGAGAAGGGAAGAGAAUCAUACCGCAAGAUGUACCAGUGGGCGACAGACGAUCGCAACAUUCUAAGCCUCAAGGCUAUAUCACCAAAGAAAACAAACAAGGCAGCAACAGCAGCAGUAACUGCAGUAACAAGUGGAAAUGAGGGAAUAUCAUCAUCAAUGUUUAACUCUCUACUCCCUGUGCUCUUCACAGGCUCGCAGCACCUCGUGCCUAGUGUGCAGCACGAUGACUCGCACACGGAGGAACGCAUUGCUCAAAUCCUUAACGACGCUCAAAAAGCUAUGCACAUGAAAAAGGCCAUGGAACAGCACCAGGUGGCGUCUGCCAUGGCAAGCAGUAUUUACCAGCAAGAGAUGACACGACUUGCACAAGUUUCUGACCACCAGGUAGCACUACGCAGUCCGAAUUCUGUAUCCUCAUCCAAUCAUGGACAUCAAACAUCACACUCAAGAAAAUAUAGCAUGGAUGGAGAGCGACAUCGAGACAAUGUUGAGAACUCUGUGUCCUCAAAGGAAAUGGUUGAACGUAUCUACCGACAGGAACUUCUCAAGCUGGCAAAGGCUGCAGAGAGUGCUGGAAAUCUCGCUGCCAGCUCAAUGUACCAGCAGGAGCUAGCACGGCUUGCUGUAAAUGCCCAGAAGGAAGACCAGGAGCCAGGUGAAAUAAGACGCUCACACAGUUCACCAGAGAACCCAACGGUAAAGACAGAGCCACCAGAUAGUACAUCGGAUGAUUUGGGAUCACAGUUCAACGGAUUCCAGUCUAACGGUCCUAUUGACUUGAGUAAACACAGCAACUCGGCACCAACCACACCCACCUCCGGCAGCUCUGAUAAGUCGCCCUCCGACCCCAUUCAUCAUGCAGGAAGUGCCUUUUUCUUAGUUAGACCCAAGAUGAAUGGUCAUGAGAAUGGGUAUGACAAACCCCGUUUUGGAUCAUACGCCCCAGCAGAGUGUAUCUCACCACUACAGCGUAUGCAAAGCAUUGCCAACUCUGUGAUGUCACGACCCCAUGUGGGUGUGUCUUCUAACAAACCCUUGCGGGCGGUGCUGCCCCCUAUCACACAAGAACAAUUUGACAAAUAUGGUAACAUUGGUACAGAGGAGUUAGUAAAACAGGUGAAGGAGACGUUAAGUCAGUAUUCGAUCAGUCAGCGUCUAUUUGGGGAGAGUGUUCUAGGCUUAUCCCAGGGAUCAGUCAGCGAUCUCCUUGCACGCCCAAAGCCAUGGCACAUGCUCACACAGAAAGGGAGAGAACCCUUCAUUAGAAUGCAGAUCUUCUUAGAGGACACAGAGGCUAUCCCCAAACUGGUGGCGUCACAGUAUCACAUCCCACCAGAAAAGCUGAUGAGAUCGGCUGGUAAUCGACUCCCAGGGGAACAAAUGUCGCCCCCGGAAAAGUCGACCCCUGUAGCCGUCGCGAGCACCCAAGUACCUCCCGACCACCCCCUUCACCAUCUCCGUCAGCAGAUCCUCCCACCGCACAGUACCCCCGCCCAAAUCCUUGGUCAACACUACAACUGGGCAUCCUUCUCCUAUCCAUCCUCCAUGUUGGAAGUUGUGGCCAUGACCUCCGAGAUAGACACCUUGGAAUUGACCUCUAGGGUCAAGGAUGUUCUUCAGUUUCACAAUCUGGGCCAGAAGCUGUUUGGAGAGGCUGUGCUUGGGCUGUCACAGGGCUCAGUUAGUGAGCUCUUGUCUAAGCCCAAGCCCUGGCACAUGCUCAGUAUCAAAGGCCGUGAGCCUUUCAUUAAAAUGCACCUAUGGUUGAGUGAUCCGCACAAUGUAGAACGUCUCAAGCACUACCAGAACGAAAUCAAAGCUCAGCGACGGAGAAGAAGCAGCAGUGUCGAUGAUCGUUCCUACGACUCACCAUCAGCACCAAAACGCCCACGCGUCUUUUUCAACGAAGAUCAAAAGGAAAAAUUGCGAAUGGCAUACAACCAGGACCCGUACCCAAACCAGAGCACCAUCGAAGGUCUGGCUAACGAACUUAAUGUUGGAGUGAAGACGGUCAUUAACUGGUUCCACAAUCACCGCAUGAGAGCAAAACAACAGCAACAUGCAGGCAACACGGCUGGUCCAGCACCUGGCUCAAACUUCAGUGAUUUUUCGGGGAAUAUCGUUAAGUCAGAGCCAACAGAUGACAACUCUGACCAGAGUGACAUCUCUAGUAUGUCGGGAGAUGGUAACCAAUUUCAGCAGAGUUUCCAGGGUAACGAAGGCUCCAGUCAGUGGCUGUUUCCGCAGUUUGAACCUGUUAACACUCAACGGUCUGGGGCUGAGAAUAGUGAAGGACAGAAUGAAGAGGAGGUUGAAAAUGACCGUAUUUCAGGUGAGGCGUCUCCACUAUCAUCAAAAGCAUCUUCCCUUGUUGAAGAGGGGAAGGAUGACAAUGGCGGUUCAGGCGACGAUACGCAGUUUAAGCAAGCAGCAUUACAGGCACUGCCCCAGGUGGGAGUCAACAAACGAAAACGCUCCAAUCCCCAGUAUGUUUCGGAGGGACGCCAGCUUGACAAAACUAAAACGCCUACGACGACAGGUGGUUACACAUGUCUACAGAGCAGUGUGUCGCGAGACGAGGGUGUAGAAGUGAGUGAGGGAGAAGAGACAGAAGAGGACUUGGAAAAAGAAAAUGAGGAUGUCAAUGGAUCCAGUGGCGUAAAACCGCGUUAUGAGCGGUGUACAAAAAUUGACAAGUUACAAAAGUCAAUAGAAUCGCCAGAUGAGGACUGGGAUGAAUUUGAUCGGUCUGCCAGUAUAGAGAAACUCCAAAGCAAUCUGCAGCACAGUCCAGGUGGGGGCUGGGAAUUCUAA